AUGGGCCUUGGCGUAGACACCGGCUACGCCAGCAUCGCAGCAGCAGAAAAAGGUGCCUCAAUAAUUCUCGUCGAUGCCAGCCAUGGCGGUGAUACCUCAGCCCUAUCAGGCGGUGUUGUAUAUGCAGGCGGAGGAACUUUGCAGCAAAAAGCAGCAGGCUACGGAUACGACACGCCUGAGAACAUGUUUGCUUAUCUGAAGGAAGAGACACAGGACGCAGUUGACGAAGAAACAUUACGACGCUUCUGCAAAACAAGUGCCCAGAAUCUGCAGCGGCUCGAGAAACAUGGUGCUCGUUUUGAGGCAUCGUUUUGCCUAGAAGAGAAACGAUACCAACUAUCACUACGCCCACUAUCAAAAUGGUACCACAACCGCGCCCUCAACAUCUGGAAUCGCGACGCCAACCUCCAAACUAUCCACUCACCACCCGUCAUCCUCGCUGCAGGCAGCUUCUCCUUCAACAAACACAUGCGCCAAACCCAUGUCCCAGAAUUCUCGCGCGUCGCACCGCUAGGCAUCUGGCGCGACAACGGCUCCGGCAUCGCGCUCGGCACCUCUGCAGGAGCCUCAGUCGCAAAGCUCGACCGCAUGUCCGCCUGGCGCUUCAUCUACCCGCCCGCCGCGCUCCUCGAAGGCAUCGCCGUAUCCACUUCCGGCCGCCGAAUACUCGCCAAAGACGCCUGCGGCGCUGCACUCAGUGAGGUCAUGAUUCGGUGGCAUGCCAGCACGGGGUUUCGCAUCUUGGAUCAGACUCAACGGGUGAAAGCGAAACAGCAGCUUUUCGAGCAGGCUUCUGGUCCGGUUUUGUUCCAGCGCUUUCAUUCGAUAUACUGGGGGUACAAGAAAGCCGGGUCGCUGCGGGGGUUGGAAGAGACGGUUAGGGAGUAUAAUGCUGCGAUUGAGAAGGGAACUGAGGAUCCGAUGCAUAAGACAGAUGAGUGCCGGAGUCGGAUUUUGACACCGCCGUUUCAUGGGAUUGAUAUUUCGCCGGAGGCUGGUGGGAUACAGGUUGUUAUGGGGUUGACGCUGGGUGGUUUGUGUGCUGAUGGUAGGACGGGACUGGUUUUGGCUAGUGAGAAGAAGAUUGAUGGGCUCUGUGCUGCGGGUAGGACGGCUGUUGGGAUUUGUUCGAAUUCGUAUGUUAGUGGGUUGUCCCUGGCUGAUUGUGUAUUUUCUGGGAAAAGGGCUGGGGAGCAUGCGGCACAUGAGAGGAGAGAAAAGUGA